GGCGCUUCCGGCGGCGGCCGCGGCUGUCGGGGUGGAUGUGGAGAAGCCCCGUGGUCUCUGGGUCCUGCGGUGUUUCAGGGUCGUGUUGGUGUGGCGUGCGCAGGAGGCGUAGGCCCGGCGGCGUGGAGGUGAGGAACUCGAGACCCAGAAUGGUUUUUGUUCUCUUUCCUAGCCACAGGCUAAACUGAUUUCAGUCUGCGGUCUGUCUCAAUCCCAUCAAAACGUACACUGCAUUGUUCCUUCUCUCCACGGUGGUCUCACAUCUGAAACAUGGCUACGGAUUGGCUGGGCAGUAUUGUGUCCAUCAACUGUGGAGAUAGCUUGGGUGUCUAUCAGGGAAGAGUAUCAGCAGUGGAUCAGGUCAGCCAGACCAUUUCUCUCACCCGGCCUUUCCACAAUGGAGUGAAGUGCCUUGUGCCAGAAGUCACUUUCAGGGCAGGUGACAUAACGGAAUUAAAAAUUCUGGAGAUACCAGGUCCUGGAGAAAACCAACAUUUUGGAGACCUUCAUCAGACAGAAUUAGGGCCCUCUGGUGUUGGGUGCCAAGUAGGUAUCAAUCAGAAUGGCAUGGGCAAGUUGGUCAAGAAGCCAGCCUCUUCCAGCAGUGCCCCUCAGAACAUCCCUAAGAGGACAGAUGUGAAGAGCCAAGAUGUUGCCGUCUCUCCCCAGCAGCAGUGCUCAAAGAGCUAUGUGGACAGGCACAUGGAAUCCUUGAGUCAGUCCAAAAGUUUCCGUCGUCGGCACAACUCUUGGUCUUCUAGUAGCAGGCACCCAAAUCAGGCAACUCCAAAGAAAAGUGGCUUAAAGAACGGCCAGAUGAAGAAUAAAGAUGACGAGUGCUUUGGGGAUGAUAUUGAGGAGAUCCCAGAUACCGAUUUUGAUUUUGAAGGGAACCUGGCCCUUUUUGACAAAGCAGCUGUGUUUGAGGAGAUUGAUACUUACGAGAGGAGAAGUGGUACCCGUUCCCGGGGCAUCCCAAAUGAGAGGCCUACUCGGUACCGCCAUGAUGAGAACAUUCUGGAGUCAGAGCCCAUUGUCUAUCGUCGGAUCACAGUGCCCCACAACGUGAGCAAGGAGUUCUGCACAGACUCUGGCCUGGUUGUCCCAAGUAUUUCCUAUGAGCUGCAUAAAAAGCUGUUGUCUGUGGCUGAGAAGCAUGGCUUGACUCUGGAGCGGAGACUGGAGAUGACAGGCGUGUGUGCCAGUCAGAUGGCACUGACCCUCCUCGGAGGGCCCAACAGGUUGAAUCCCAAAAAUGUUCACCAGAGGCCUACGGUGGCCCUGCUAUGUGGGCCCCAUGUGAAGGGGGCUCAGGGUAUCAGCUGUGGGAGGCACCUAGCCAACCAUGAUGUCCAGGUCAUCCUCUUCCUGCCCAACUUCGUGAAGAUGCUGGAAUCCAUUACCAACGAACUGUCUCUCUUCAGCAAGACCCAGGGCCAACAAGUGUCUAGCCUCAAAGAUCUGCCCACCAGCCCUGUGGACCUGGUGAUCAACUGCCUGGAUUGUCCCGAGAAUGCCUUCCUGCGGGAUCAGCCCUGGUACAAAGCAGCCGUGGCCUGGGCCAACCAGAACCGGGCACCAGUACUCAGCAUAGACCCUCCUGUGCAUGAAGUUGAACAGGGCAUCGAUGCCAAGUGGUCACUGGCUCUGGGCCUACCUCUGCCUCUGGGGGAGCAUGCAGGCCGCGUCUAUUUGUGCGACAUCGGCAUUCCCCAGCAGGUAUUCCAGGAGGUGGGCAUCAGCUACCACUCGCCCUUUGGCUGCAAAUUUGUCAUCCCGCUGCACUCCGCCUAGAAGGGCUCUGGGCAGGCUGGACCCUGCAGUCCCCUGCUGCUCCUGACAACGAACGCCUUAAGGAUAUGAAGCUUCAUGGACCUUGUUUUUUCUCUUUUUGGUUUCUUUCUUUGAGAGAACAGCUCAUAUUUAAAACGGACCUGUCACCUGCCCUUAGCCAGGGAAAGCUUUCUCACUGGGUGUGCGGGGCGAGUGGCAGGCUCCGUGCACAGUGGCUCCAGGCAUCGGCUACACUCGGCCCCCUGCGUGAUCAGGUGGGGCUUUGUUUACAGACAUAGGCAGCUCACAGACUGUGUGUCAGGUUUACAGCCGCUGGGCCUGGGCGAGCGCCUCACGGGGUGGGGCAGCCCUGUUUGGGGCCUGAGCUGGCUCUGGUGCCGAGCUUGUGGCUCUGUCUCCCUUGCUUCCCUCACAACCCCAGCUAAGCGGCCCUUCCUCAGAUCACGUAGAACUGGCUGCACUGCAGUUGUCCACUAGAGGGCAGACUUGCAGUCUCCGUUCCGUUGAGGGCUUUGAGGCCUUCCCUCAGCCCCGCCACAGGUUGAUUUGGGGGCUUUUGACCCUUUCUCUUGA